AUGUCCUCGAGGCUCCAGAACCCUCUAGAGAACGGAGCCCAGGUGCUGGCAGUGACCGCGAAGACUCAGCCUACCGACUCCCAUGGCCUGGCGCCAGCGCCAUCAGCUCCUCCCAAACCUAUUCUCUCCAAGGAUGGCAUUUAUCCUUCCCUCAUAGAUCUAGAUGUAGAGGAGGUCCCCCCCACUUAUGCUCCUCCACCGGCAGUACCAGAAGCUGUAGUCUCCAGUUCAGGGCCCCGGGGGGACAGCAUUGCUGAACGACUGUGGAGACCACGGCUCCAAGAAGACCCAGGAGAGGGAGAGGGCCCUUCCUCUACAGCUGUUCUCCUUCUCCGAACCAUUGGUCCUGUAGGGGCUAAUGGCCAGCGAUCCUACCAAUACUGGCCUUUCUCUUCCCUUGACCUCUACAAUUGGAAAUCCCAGAAUGCGCUUUUCUCUGAGAACCCCAAGGAAUUAAUUGAUCUCUUAGAUUCUGUCAUUUUUACUCAUAAUCCCACUUGGGAUGACUGUUGACAACUUUUAAAGGUUCUUUUCACAACCGAAGAGAGAGAAAGGAUCCUGGUGGAGGUUCGGGAGCUAAUCCCGGGCAUUGACGGACGGCCCACUACUCAGCCUAACCUCAUUAAUGAAGGAUUUCUCCUGGACCGUCCCACUUGGGAUUUCGACCAAGAUCAAGGUAGGGAGCGUGGUCGAGUGUUCCGUCAGGUUCUAAUGGCCUGUCUCCAUGCUGCAGCUCGAAAGCCCACUAAUUUGGCAAAGGUAAAUGCAGCCAGGCAGGAAGCCAAUGAGACUCCAGGAGCUUUUCUUGAGAGACUCUAUGAGGCCUUCAGGCAAUAUACUCCUAUGGACCCCUUAACCACAGAAUCCAAGGCCACGAUAGUCUUAGCUUUUGUGAACCAAGCAGCCCCUGACAUUAGGAAGAAGUUACAAAAGAUAGAGGGGCUCGGAGAACAGUCAGUGCAGGACUUACUAAAAGUAGCAGAGAAAGUGUAUAACAACCAGGAGACACCAGAAGAAGGGACGACCGUGACUAGGGCCCUACUGGAAGCGCCGGCCUUAACACUGCCUGAUCCGACCAAGCCUUUCCAGCUAUUUGUAGAUGAAAGAAAGGGGGUAGCUAAGAGGGUAUUGCUCCAGAUUCUGGGACCCUGGAGAAAGCCGGUUGCUUACUUAUCAAAGAAAUUGGAUCCCGUCGCGGCAGAAUGGCCUAUGUGCUUACGGAUCAUAGCUGCCACGGCGACACUAGUACAUGACGCUGACAAACUGACUUUCGGACAGAAACUGUUGAUCACCACCCCUCAUGCAAUAGAGGGAAUAUUAAGGCAACCCCCCGGUAAGUGGCUAUCCAAUGCCCGGCUGACUCACUACCAAGGCCUCUUAUUAGAUGCGCCCCGGAUCAGGUUUGAAGCCCCGGCUGCCCUGAACCCCGCCACCCUACUCCCUGUACCUGAUCUGGAAGCCCCACUACAGGACUGCUCAGAAAUCCUAGCCAAGGUGACGGCGGUUCGAAGAGACUUACGGGACCGGCGGUUAAACAAUUCUGACCUGACUUGGUAUACGGACCGGAGCAGCUACGUAGAGUGAGGGGAGUGAUACGCGGGAGCGGCAGUGGUAGAUCAGAAAGGGAAAAUAGUCUGGGCCCAGGCGCUACCAAGAGGCACAUCAACCCAGCGAGCAGAACUGAUAGCCCUUGCUGAAGCCCUCGAGUGGGCAGAGGGAUGGAGACUCACUGUUCACACAGACAGCCAAUACCCCUUUGGGACUGCACAUCUCCACGGGGCAAUCUAUCAGGAGAGAGGUUUCCUCACUGCUGAAGGAAAAGAGAUUAAAAACAAGGAGGGCAUUUUACAGCUACUAUUGGCGGUACAGAAACUGAAAGCCGUUGCCAUCGUACAUGUCCCUGGCCAUCAGAAGGGAGGAGCUCUGGAGGCAGCAGGAAACCGGGCAGCCAAUGCUGGGGCGCGCGAGGUGGCGAAAAGCGGUACAACUACCAUUCUGAGUCUGCAGCUCUCACCACCAGGCAUGGGUAAGCUACCCCCCACCCCCUUGUAUUCCAAGUGGGUCACUCAGAAGGUAGGCACCGAGGCUGGGUCGGACCUCUGGUAUCGAGACCCUGAAGGGAAACUGCUGCUGCCAGAGGACCUGGGAAAACAUCUAAUCCUACAUCUGCAGCAGACUACACAUCUAGGAGAAAAGAAAAUGGGCUACCUCUUAGAGACCGCCAAGCUCCGGUUUCACCAUCAAAGAAGGACUCUCAGAGAAACGAUCGACCAGUGUCGUGCCUGCCAGGUCAUGAAGUCUAGAAAAGUAACCCAUCAACAUUCAGGUAGGAGGGAGAGAGGGUGGAAGCCGGGAGUAAGCUGGGAGAUAGACUUUACAGAGGUAAGGCCAGGAAGGUACGGAUAUAAAUAUCUACUAGUACUAGUUGACACCUUUUCUGGGUGGGCUGAGGCAUUCCCCGUAGNGUUCUCCGUAGUAGCAAAGAAAAUUUUAGAAGAUAUCGUCCCACGAUAUGGGGUGCCUGAGAAAAUAGGUUCAGACAAUGGCCCUGCUUUUGUCAGCAAAAUCAUACAGGGUCUGUCCUGGACCUUGGGGACUGAUUGGAAACUACAUUGUGAAUAUAAUCCCCAAAGUUCCAGGCAAGUAGAAAGGAUGAAUAGAUCAAUCAAGGAGACUUUAUCUAAAUUGGCAAUAGAAACUGGCAGGGACUGGGUCAUGCUCCUACCUUAUGCCCUGUUCUGGGUUAGAAAUACCCCAUAUGUGCUUAACCUCAUGCCAUUUGAAAUCCUUUAUGGUAGCCCCCCCCCCCCCCCAGUAUAUCCCACCGGACCAGAACCCAAGGGGGAGGUUCUGCCAGGAUUGGCCCAGUUUGCAAAGGCCAUCCAGGCAUUACAAGCUAUCCAGAAGGAGAUCUGGCCUGCUGUCGCUGCGGCACAUAGGGGUUUGGAGCCGACUUCUGACCCAAAACAUGGGAUUGAGCCUGGAGACUGGGUAUGGGUGCAGAGACAUCAGACAAAAGCUCUAGAACCUUGCUGGAAAGGGCCUUAUGUUGUGCUUCUUGUGACCCCCACUGCCCUCAAGGUUGACG